AUGGUCGAUCCUCCUUCAACCCCAUCCACUGGUCUCCGAGCGCUAAUAAUUUAUGACAUUUAUCAAUGGAAAACUAUGGAAAAAUCAUACGAGAACUACAGUAAUCUGUGUGAUUCGCUGAGAAUCGAGAAUAUUUCAUUCGGAGAUUUCGAGUAUUGGUUCAAUCGAUAUUCCAAAGAAUAUUACUAUUCCGUUAAGAAUGGAAGAAGUCUUCCAUUACUAGAUAUCUCUGCAUGCGUAUUUUCUGAUUUUAUCAAAGGAAAAUCGGCUGAAAAUUCAUUUAAUCAGAUUUCUGAAGCCCUUGGAGAGAGUAUUGUGAAGAAGGAGGAUUUCGAGAGAUGGAGAAAUUCAUUUUCGAAUGGAAACAGGCGAUUGAGUGAUGAAAAAAGACCCCUCGAAUUCUGUGAUUUGUCACUCGACGCCGUCGGUCAAAUCGUGGAAUCUCUCGAUUUCCGAACUCAAUCGAUUUUUCGAAAAGUCUCUCGAGGCCUCCGGGAUCUAGUAGAUCAACGAAAACCGUCGAUCAGCUAUAUGUCUGUGUCAUUCGAAAGAAAUCAGUUAGUGAUUAGUUCUCACGAAAAUCAAGUGAUCUACACGAAUUCCACGUGGAGGGCGAGAUGGGCGGGACGGAAAAAUGUGAGAAUCGUCAGGAGCGCUGGUGACGACGACUAUUGGAAGAGGGCAUUCGACGACGUGGCACUCGUUUUUCGGAAUCCGAAAUUGCAUUUCGACAGACUCUGUAUCAAUUUCGAUCCGAUUUUCGAUGAGUCCGACGUCUUCAGAAUCCCAAAACACACACUGAAAUCUCUUCUCGACUCUCUGAAAUCCAAAAUUUCCGUCCGCACACUUCAGAUUGAAAUGAGAAAUGACGACGAUCUGAUGACGAUUCUACCGUAUUUGAAACCCCGAAAAAUCGAUAAUCUGAUUCUGAAUGACGCUUCCAUUUCGUAUUCUCCGCCCUUUUCUUUCGAGAGAAUCGUCCAGUUGGAUCAAUGGAAAAACGCGAUAUCUGUCAUUUGUAGACCCAUUAUUCCCAAUAAUUUUAUCCAUUUCUUCUAUCAUUUCACUCAUUUUAUCAUUUCGAUUCAAUCGAUUUCUAUUCAGGAGCUUCUCGACUUGAGAGAUAGUCUCUCCAAAUCUCCGAUUUUCGAAUCAUGUACAAUUACGGCUCAAAAUCGCCCCGACUAUGAGAAUGUCAUUGAAAUUCUCCAAUUGAAAUCUGUUUUCAAAAGAAAUUUCCAUUUUUAUCCGAUUGCCAAUUCUAAGAAUAUUCUAGAGUUCGAGUGGAGUGGAGACUCCUGUUUUAAGAUUACUAGAAAGUAA